AUGGCGGGAACCUGUAAAAACAUACGGCUCCGACUCGUUGUCCGCCGUCACAACCUCCCAGAAACCCGCGUGCUCUUCAGCGUUUCGCUUGAUGACGACCCAACAAUCUCUCAGCUGCUCGAACAGAUCAAUGCCGUCAUCCCACUUGAAUCUGAUCACUGGGGCCUAGACGACUACGCACUCGAGCUUCGCUCCGGUUCUGAUGGAGCCGCUUUCGAGGCUCUGCAUUAUCAGCAUGUCGCUGCUAUACUACAGCACGACGAGGAAGUUUAUAUCCGCCCGCUCCUGACACCAGACCUGAAGAAACGCCGCUUGAGUGGAAGGGAUCAGAUCUCGACGGAUGGGAGGCAUUUGGUCGACGGCGUUCCCUACGGUCGCCCUUUGCUGCGACACCCACAAAACCGCCCGUCCAUCGACAUCCCGCCUCGGAAACGUCAACGCCUGUUGUCAGAUGGCCAGGAUGACGGCACACUCUCACAAUUAGAAGACGAGGACAGCCUGAGCGAAGAGCAGCCGCCACUACAGAUCACACAGUAUGGCGAGCCUGUAUGGCAGGGCGGGGAGGAUGAUGAUAGUGACUUUACGGAGCAUGAUGUCGACGAAGAUAUGGGACUGGACGACCAGCUUUCCGAAAUCGACGAGGACGAACUCACUGCACUGUACCAAGAUAAUGUUGAGGCAGAACUCGAGGCCGGAGCCAGGUCAGACAUCCAGAAACCACCAAGCCCAAGCAGCCUACAAUCUGGCGAAGACCCAUGGUACGAGGAGGAGGAUUCGGGCAUGACGGGAAGCGACAUCGAGGACGAUCACCGCCGCGCCGACGAGCUCAAACGUCAACUUCUCGGCACUCUUUUCCCGGCUUUUAUCACGAGUAGCGCAGAGGAUACCCCAAAGUGGGUACAUAAAUAUCCCAAAAAUUUGUACUCGAACGACAUGAGUGAGAACCUGGCAAUACUGGACCUGCUGGCAUGCCUGAGUACUGCGUUCCCCGCGCGGCCGAUGCUGGAUCUAAUGAAGAUUAUGAUCCAGUGUGAGUACAAAGCAAGACGAGUGUACAAGCGGUUAAAGAAGGAUGACAUUCCGCAUAUGAGCUACAACAGGGUUAAAAGGCUCUACAAGGCUGUUCAUGCUGCAGCAUCUGCAGAGGCCUAUGAGUUUCUCAACAAUCAAAUGGAUGAGCAGCAGCAGCCUGAUAAGGAAGAUGCACCUGUGGCAGCACCAAGGGAUGCCGGUAUGAAAGAGGCAUCGACUGAGGAUGACAUUGAUGAUGAGGACGAUCAGUCGGAAUCUGGAGAGAGCGUCAGCUCGCUUGUCAAAUACUACGAUCAACAUGGUUUUCCACCUGGUUCCAUCAUGGAUGGAACGGCUUUAACCCAUAUGGCCGCGGCUGCGAAGGGUGGUAAGCCAAGAAAAAUUAACCUCGAGGACAAUCAACCAGCUGAAGCAGUGGACCGUACAGCUCCUAGCCUAGAUUCUGGUUCUGACUCUGAUUCUGAAGAGGACGACGACUUUGAGUUUGAAAGUGACGAUGACUCUGACAGCUCAGAUGAUGAACCUGCCGGCAACUUGAAGCCAGAACAGCACAUGGAGGCUGCUUCCGACUCAUCAGAUAGCGAGUCUGAAGAUGAAGAAAACGAAGAACUUGCAACAGCGUCCAAGCAGGCCCUGCCUUUGUCAGAAUCUUCUGAUGAGGACAGCAGCAGCGACUCUAGCGACGAUGAGGAUGUACAAACAGAUUUUAAGGGCAAACCAAGAAAGAUUCCAACUGUUGCACCCGAUACAAGCAGUUCGGAGAGCAGCAGUGAAGACGAAGAAGCAGAGGACAGUAGUUCCGAGUCGGAUGACGACUCAGAAAGUAGCUCCGAUGAUUCUGAAGACAGUUCCGAAGACGAAGGUCCUGAGGAAGUAUCGUCGAAGCCGCCAACAUCAGAUUUAGCUCUGCAUCAUUCCGAACAGCCUAGCCUCAACCAGUCCAAGCCGCCCAUAUCUAACAAACCUGGACAGUCCACAAAUCCAGAAGCAAAUGCGGAUGCCCAUGAGGACUCUAGUAUUCUGUCGCAACCAGGAAAAGCUAAGACGCGGAGUCGAAAUGCUCGCCGCCGUGCGUUGAAGCAAGCCCUCAAAGCAAAGGCUGAGUCGCAGAACUCAACUGCAGCCGUUGAAAUUGACCCCUUGGAGGAGCGCAAGAAGGCACUGCUGGCAGCGCUAGGCGCAUCACCCGAAAAGCCGACAUGUCCAAGUCAGUCUAUUGGGGCUGCAAAAGCGGCAACGUUAACGGACGCUGAAGCCGACACAGAAGAACCCGAUGCGUGGAGGGCCAAGAUCAACUACCGUGCAGUCGAAUGCGUCGAAGAAGGGGUCGAGCUCAGUGAGCCACCAUUCCCCUUCGUACAGCGCUGGGAUCCACAACAACGCGGCUAUGGUCGUGGCGGGAAGAGGAAACGACGCGCAGCCAGCGACUACUAUCAGGUAGGCGACGUGGGCCACUCGGCAACGAAGAAGCUCAAGUUCGCAGACGUAAGUGAGUACGAAGAGGACGUUACGUUUUUAAACUAUGACGAUGAAGAGGACGGAAACUGCGGUCCAGGUGGGAACGGCACGGAUGGUAAGAACACCAGAGGUAACGACCCAGAGGCCUCAGCCGUUGAUAGCCAGUUCACGGACCUGGACGACCUCCCGUCAUUGCCAUCGGAUCUGUCGACACUGCCGCUUCUCAAACUGGGCGACGCCAAGCCUGGAAUGGUCAUCACGUGGAAACAAUGGGUGCUCUCCGAAGCGACUAGUUGGCAACCGCAAUUGGCCGAUGUGUCGGCGAUAGUUGCAAGCGUGAGCGACGAUGGUAUGCAAUUGCGCGUGGUUUUGGCACGGCGGGACCGCGGUGUCGACAGGAAAGAGAAGACCUAUGAUGAAGAGACUGGGGAGAGGAUCUACGGGCGCUUUGAAGUGCCGGAUGCUGACGAGGAUGACGAGGAUGAGGGACAGGGAGCCGGAGAGGAGGAAGAGGAUGGUUGGCGGACGCUGGAACUGUCGGAGCUUAUAGAACCCCGCAUCCAGCAGCGUCCCAUCCCCAGUGAGCGUGGCGGCAGUGAGGAUGGCCAUCAUGACAUGCAGGUGGAUGUGCCUGAGACUCGCCCCAACGGCUCAGUCGUCAUCCCUGAUAGUCAGGCGCUAUCUCAUCCCAACGAUCGUGUCGAGGAUAGGGCGACCAGCAACGAAAUUUCUACGACCGUCGAGGGCGACGGCGAGGAAGCAGGACAAGUCAGUGGAGAGGAUGGAAACGAAGCUGGGUCAAGGAUUGAGGAGACUAAUAAUGGACCGAAAUCUGCAGGGAUCCGCCAGCCCUCAACGGCACGUAGCGCACAAGACGAGAGCGCCAUCCCCGAGACCGCAGAAAGCUCUCUAGUGGCAGCCCAUGCAGCCCCGGGUACCAGGCCAGAGGCUGAUGAGACAAGCAUGUUUGUUAAUGACGAACAAGCCGGGUCAGCCAUUGAGAUUGGCGCGAGCACAGCAGUCAGUCAGCAAGACACUAAAAAUGGUCAGCAGCAGCAACAAGACUUGGACAGCCCGUCGCGCCAACUUAAGAACGAUGUCUCUACCACGGUUCAAAAGGAGGGCCUGGAAGAUGGUGACUCUCAACAUGAUUCGUUGUGGCAGCCCACGAGAAAUUCUGUACAACAAUCUGCCUUGGUGACGCAAGCAUCUCACGGAUCGACAUCCCAGGAAGUUUGCUACCCAUCGCUUGAACCACCAACGUCAUCUGCAGCUUGCAGCCUGCGUAGUGGCAGGCAGCCAGACUCCGACCACCCUAUGAUUGGAUCGGAGGACGAUAUUGUAAUGGACGAUCUAGAUGACGUUGAUGAGAGCCAAGUUCCAACUCCCCGUGCACCGCAGACGCCGGUCAAAAACAGGAAAGGUGGUACUGGCUCAUCGCCGCCGUCGUCUCUGCCGUCUAUCAGCACAAUCUGGCAAACAUGUCCGUCGACGUUUGGUACGCGCAGCCCAAGCACCGCGAGGUUAGCAGCCGCGUCGAUCUCCAAAUUCAAGGCUGAGUAUGCAGUUCGGGACAAGAAGUAUGAAGAGGAGAUGCGCCGGCUUGAUGACGAAAACGAUUCAGCCGAGGAUGUACCCGAGUACAAAAUCUCCACCCCCAAGAUCAAAGAAAGCAGAAGCCAGCAACAGCAGCGGCAUGACAGCUCGCCUAUAAACUUGCCGAAAUUCAAGAAAGAGAGUAACUUUGCGCAUCCACAGACAUAUGGUACAUCCGUCUCGCCGCCUGCACCUAGGGGCCUCAGGGGCGUUCGGAGACAAGGUUCGACGGUCAAGUCACUGCCGACGGAGCACGAUCAAGUCAUUUCCAUAUCCAGUGAUGACAGCAGCCCGGAGCCGGUAUAUGUGGAGGACUACGCAGACGACGGCAUAGACGAGGAUUAUGAGUCCUCGCAGCCCAUGCGAGCCAGCUACGGUAAAAAGUAUGGCCUCAGAGGGGCGAGCGUACCGGCCACGAGGCUCAGUGGUGGGGAUGUUGCUUCUGCUGAUGGUAAGACGGUGAGCGGCAGAUCAGCCUCGGCGAUGCCAGCAUCACAGCCUCGUGCGGCCAGCAAAUACCCAUCUUUAAGGGCGUAG